GGUGACUAGUAAAGAGAUACAAAUAAAUAGACUGCUGAUCAUCAUUAUCUAUUCAAUUAUACUUGUUAUUAAUACCUUCUUGCUUAAUUCAUUUAAUCUUUUUCGUUGCAAUUCUUACUUCAACUGUCUUGCUGUCUUUGUAAUUAUUUCUUUGUUUGUUUCAUUGCUUCUUCUCAUUGUUUUAUUUGCUUCCGCCUUUUACCGGGACGAUCUUCAUAAAGUAUUCUGUUCUAUGUGAUUGCUUUUAAAUUAUUUGAUCAUCACCCCUUCUAUCAAGUGUAUAUCCGUGUAUUGCCCCUCCAUUGUUUUUCAUUUUUUCAGUUAAUUCUGAUUACCAAUCUCCAGUCAUCAAAAUGAGCGAUGAAGCUUUCGUUACCCUUUCCACAAAUGACAAUUACUGCCUUGGUGCACUUGUCUUGGGUCACUCAUUAAGAGACGUUGGUACUUCUAGGAAACUGGUUAUACUCGUAACGCCAUCAGUCAGCGCUGAUAUGAGAAAAUGUUUAUCUAAAGUAUAUGACCUUGUCCGAGAAGUGGAUGUUAUGCAUAGCAAUGAACACAAAAUACUCGAAGUAAUGAAGAGACCUGAAUUAGGUGUGACUCUAACCAAACUUCACUGUUGGCGUUUAACGCAAUUCAAGAAAUGUGUUUUCAUGGAUGCUGAUACUUUACCAUUAAAGAAUAUUGAUGAACUCUUCGAGAGAGACGAACUAUCUGCUGUCUGUGAUAUUGGCUGGCCUGACUGUUUUAAUACUGGAAUAUUCGUAUUUCGACCAAGCGAAACAACAUUUGCCAGUUUAUGUAAACUUGCCUCUGAAAGUGGUUCAUUCGAUGGAGGUGAUCAAGGAUUGUUGAACACCUAUUUUUCUGAUUGGGCUACCAGUGAUAUCUCUAAACAUCUCUCUUUUGUAUACAAUAUGAGUUCAGUUUCAACCUAUUCUUAUCCUGCUGCAUACCAGAGAUUUGGUGAUACAGUUAAAGUUGUCCAUUUCCUUGGUGCAUUAAAACCAUGGAUGUAUGGUUUCAACGCCAUGACCAGAAAAGUUAUUCCACCUCCAGUUGGAUCACAGACGCAACAAUUGGAACAUGUUCAAAAAUGGUGGAGUGUUUUCAUUAACCAAGUUCAACCUAAUUUAACUUCCGACUGUAUUGGUAAUUUCACUAUUAUUGACCAAGAUUGUUUUGGUAAAUCUCCUCCGUUCGAUUAUGCAGAGCAUAAAGAGAAACAGCUAAUCAAGCAUGAUACGGGAACUUGUCUUUUGCAUGAAAAUAUUGAUGUUGAUAAGCAUUUUGAUGAAAAUAACAAGACCAAAGGGAAAUCUGAAAAUGUUGAUUUAAAUAAUGAUGAUGAAGAUGAUUAUCAAAAGAAAGAUUUGGAGGAUGGCUUAGCUUCACAGUUAGCUAAAUUACGUCUCGAUUCGCCACAUGAUAGUCAUUAUCCUGGUGUUAUUGGAUCUUCGGUGCACCUUGAUGAUUAUAGUCGUAAACGAGCUUGGGAAUCUGGUGCAAUUGAUUACAUGGGAGUUGAUUGUUUUGAAAAUAUUCAACGGAAGCUUGAUGAGGCUAUUGGUGAAACCUCUUAUUUCAUACCCACUGAAGAGUCAUUUGAUGCAGAUGUACCUUCAGAUGAAACAACACCGUCGACUGAACAGCCAACCACCUCAAUUUAAAUAGAUACAAGGAUAACUCUAAUGCUCAUCUUCCUCUUUUCGUCAUCUCUGAAGACAUCAUCUCUGUUAUAUCUUCCUUAAACAUCAUUGUUCGCUUUUCUCUUCCUAUUCUCUUUCCCUUCCAACAAUCAUGUUUUAAUUUUCAUUUUGCAAAAAAACAAAAGUGCCUACCAACAAUCUGCAAAAUCAUCUUACCAAACUGAUAGUCAUAUGUCUCGAACCAAUAAGACACUCCAUAUUUCGUUGUUUUUGUCUUCAAAUGCCAAAAUUAGCCUUAGCUACUUCCCAAUACAUCGAAAUAAUAAUGAGCUGUUAAUCAGUCCCAAUGCUAGUUUGCAGAUCUAGUGUUUUUUAACAAAAUUUUAUUCAUUUUUCUCUGCUUCUACAUAAUGUUAUGUGUACUUUAAAACUAAAAACUUGCGCUCUUAGUGGAAUCUUGCUUUAAAAAAGAAAGAUGAUGGAACAAGAAUCAUCUUUCUCCAUGAAAUCCGACUGUUCAGCAAUUGUGAGAUUUAUUUCAAACAUUUUUGUCCCUUUUGUUGCCUUCCAUUCUAUCCGUUAAGCAAACCUUCGCAAAUUACAAUCUCCCACUUUUUCAAUAUCAUGUAAUUAAUAUUGAGAUUUAAAGAUUAAUAGUUGUGGCAAAUGGAUGCUCACAGCUGGGUAAAUGAUAAUGCCACUGAUUGUUACAUCGCUAGUCCUUAAAUGAAAUCAUUGAAUAAUCACAUGAAAUGACAAAUUGUUGAUCUGAUGAAAUGGGCAACUUAAUUGUCUCUAAAAACCAGCAUAACAAAUUAAACUAUUAGAUUUGCUUCUGCUAAUAUUUUAAAUGUGAAACUGAAUUAAAGAGAAAAUUAUCUCAUCAAUUGUUAUCCACUUUUGAACCUUUUAUUGGGUUAAAUCAUCACAAAAACUGAAAGCUCAAUUGUUGAAUGAAAAUAAUAAAAUUGUCGUAAUUAAACAUACAAAA